AUGGCCGCCAAUGAAAAUUUUCUUUUGUGCCCUUGCCUGGAAAACACGCCGUGCGAUCAUUCAGUGUUCUGUGAUACGUUGCCCAACCGCCACGCGUGCGUGCGAGUGUUUUUAGCGAGCAGUUUCGUAAACGGAGAAGAUAUGGCUCAGAAACAACGAGCAUGUGAUAUUAUCGGGCAGGCAUUACGCAAUUCACAACAAAUAAAGCUUCAGAAAAUUCGAAAAAAAAUCUAUUUUGAUGUUCAACCAGACGAGGACAUAAAUAGGUACAAACAGAAUUCAUUUUCUAAAGUCUCAAAUGAUGUCAAAGAUUUUGAUGUUAAUGAAAACUCUGAACCUACUUCAUCAUCUAACUUAGAUGAUUUAAAUCAAUCAAAAAAUUAUUUACUUGGAGAUAAAAAUGAUGGAUGUCAUCAUUUUUAUCUCCAAGUAAAUAAUUUUUUAUCUCUGUAA